AACAAGCACGAUGUUCAAGGGCAGUGGAAAAGCAAGAACUUCAACCAAACAUGGAUCCAGAGAAAGUGUUCCACAUGACUGGAGGGGUUGGUGUCACCAGCUAUGCCAGAAAUUCCUCACUUCAGAAGAAGGCCUCUGAUAUGGUGAGACACAUCACGACAGAUACUAUCCAAGAACUUUUCAUCAAAACAACUCCAAAGAGCAUAGGAGUAGCUGAUUUGGGUUGCUCUUCUGGACCCAAUACCUUAACCAUCAUUAAAGAUAUUGUCGAAGCUGUUGAAGGAAGUAGCCAUAAAAUAUUGCAUCCACCACCAGAAUUUCGUGUCUACCUUAAUGAUCUUCCAACAAAUGACUUCAACUCAAUCUUCAAAGCCUUGCCAGAAUUCUACAGGGAGCUUAGACAAGAAAAAAGAGGUGGAUCAUGUAUUCCCUCUAUUUUCAUUGGAGGCUAUGCUGGCUCCUUUUAUGGAAGACUUUUCCCCAACAAUUGCUUGCACUUUGUCUAUUCAUCCUACAGUUUGCACUGGCUCUCCAGGGUUCCUCCGGGUCUUUACGAUGAGAAGGGUGGGUCAAUAAACAAAGGCCACGUUUACAUUUCUGAAUCCAGCCCUCCACAGGUUUCUCAAGCAUACUACAAGCAAUUCCAGGAGGACUUCACGUUGUUUCUCCGGUCACGGUCCGAGGAACUCAUUGUUGGAGGAAGAAUGGUGCUAAUCUUCCUUGGAAGGAGAGGUCCAGAUCAUGUUGAUAGAGGCAACUGUUUCUUCUGGGAACUGCUCUCACAGUCCUUUGCCGAAUUGAUCGCUAAGGGGGAAGUUGAGGAAGAGAAGCUCGACUCUUACGAUGUGCAUUUCUAUGCACCAUCGAAGAAUGAAAUAGAAGAUGAAGUGAGAAAGGAAGGUUCUUUUGGGUUGGACCGUCUGGAGAUGUUUCAAAUAGAGGGCAAUGAAGAUCAAAAGGAUCAUGAUGAUGAUCAUGGUAAGAUCAUCAGCUAUGGAGCAAAAGUUGGAAGGACAGUGAGGGCAAUCCAAGAAUCCAUGAUUUGCCACCAUUUUGGAGAGGGGAUUUUAGACCAUUUGUUUGAGCACUAUGGAAGAUUGGUGGAUGAAGAAAUGGGUAUAGAAAAAAUUGAGCCCAUCACCUUUGUUAUUGUUCUAAGAAAGUUAUAAUGAACCGAAUUUAUAAGCCAUGCAUGCAUGCACGCACGAACAUGUCAUAAUGAUCAUUAAUAUUGGAAUUAGGAACUCAUGCA